AUGGCGCAACUCGCAGUUGCGUGGGGCUUUUUGUAUUCCUUAUACCUUCUAAGUCGAAACGCACCUCUUCGAAAAACCCUAGCUAGCCAUCCCGACAUCGUCAUACCGACGUCGAAGAAACGAAUCUUUAUCUGCUGUGAUGGCACUGGACGAGACGCAAUAAGAGAACGAAACGACUUUGUCACUAACGUUGCUCGUUUCGCAAGAUGUUUGAAGGGAACCGGCAAGGAUGGCACCCUUCAGCUCGUAUCCUAUCACGAGGGUAUUGCUAUGCAUGGAGGACAGUUCUUGUUUCGGGAGGCUGCGACUGGUCAAGGUACUCACACCGUGAUCCAAGACGCGUACUACUUUCUCUGUCUGAACUACAACCCCGGCGACGAGAUCCAUCUCUUAGGCUUUUCGCGUGGUGCUUUCGCAGUUCGUGCUCUGGCAUGCUUCAUCGAGGACGUAGGGAUCUUACACAAGACUCGACUCGCUCUGCUUCCUAUGGUUUACAAAUUAUGGAAAACCCAGAGCUUUGAAAGGCUCGAGACACACAUAAAGACAUGGGAAGCGAAAGGCCAUUUGAAUACAAAUGUUGAGAUAAUGUCUUGCGCAGCAUGGGACACCGUGAGCGCCAUGUUUCCAGCCAAAGAUCUUGCCUUUGUGGCCGCAAGAGUGCCUCGGAACCUCAGACACGCUUUCCAAGCACUAUCGCUUCAUGAAACCCGGGUCGCAUUCCCACCCAUUCUUUGGAAUACCGAUAACGCUGGCUCUACGAAUGUGAAGCAGUGUUGGCUCGCCGGCGAUCACUCGGAUAUUGGCGGUGGACAUCCAGAUUCAGGGUUGGCGACUGUGUCGCUGCUGUGGAUGGUAGCGCAG